GAGGCUGUUCGCAACGCUGGUGCAUUUUCCGGAGGCUGACCUGGAGCACCACGUGAGCGCACGCAUGCUUUGGGCGCUGCGCCUUUGCGUGCUAGGGCGCAGGUCCAUGGACGUGCCCAAACAAGUGGUGGUGGUGGCGUUGGCGUUGGCGUUGGCUUCA